CACCACUAUCAGGUCUGACCACCGAGCUCUGUCAGUGCCUGUCCCUCCCUCCUGCCCCUCCGGCCACCGACGCCAUGAAGCAGCUGUGUCUGUGCUCCGCCAACUCCUCUGCGCUGCGGCUCAGCCCCGCCGACCUCGGCUCCUGCCCACCCUGUGGUCCCUGCCCCAUCCCGAAGCCGGCAGCCAGAGUCAGGCGCCAGAGCCAGGACUGGGGCAAAAGUGAUGAGAGGCUGCUGCAGGCUGUGGAGAACAAUGAUGCCGCGCGAGUGGCCUCCCUCAUCGUCCGCAAGGGUCUGGUGCCUACGAAGCUGGACCCCGAGGGCAAGUCUGCGUUCCACCUGGCAGCUAUGAGGGGUGCAGCCAGCUGUAUGGAGGUGAUGCUGGCACACGGCGCCAACGUCAUGAGCACGGAUGGGGCAGGUUACAAUGCCCUCCACCUGGCUGCCAAGUAUGGGCACCCGCAGUGCUUGAAGCAACUGCUACAGGCAUCUUGCGUGGUGGAUAUUGUGGAUAGCAGUGGGUGGACAGCUCUGCAUCAUGCAGCGGCUGGUGGCUGCAUCUCUUCCUCAGAAAUGCUCUGCUCCUUCAAGGCACAUCUGAAUCCCCGAGACCGGUUGGGUACAACGCCCCUCCUCAUAGCAGCUCAGAUGUGUCACACAGAUCUGUGCCGCCUGCUCCUGCAGCACGGGGCUGCCGUGAAUGACCAGGACCUGCAGGGCAGGACGGCCCUCAUGCUGGCCUGUGAGGGGGCCAGCCCUGAAACAGUGGAGGUGCUGCUGCAGGGAGGGGCUCAGCCGGGCAUCACGGACACACUGGGCCAGGACGCUACUCACUACGGCACCCUGGCAGGGGACAAACUUAUUCUGCACCUCCUGCAGGAAGCGGCCCAGCGCCCCUCACCACCCAGCGAGGAUGACUCAGGCGAGGCCUCAUCUCAGAACUCCGUGUCCAGCCACGAGAAGCGAGGGGCUCCCAAGAAGCGGAAGGCGCCUCAGCCUCCUGCCAGCAUCCCUGUGCCGGAUGAUCGCGAGGCCUACGAGGAGAUCGUGAGGCUGCGGCAGGAGAGGGGCCGCCUGCUUCAGAAGAUCCGGGGCCUGGAGCAGCACCAGGAACGGAGGAAGCAGGAGCUGCCAGAGGCGGAGGCCAGCUCCCUUCACAGCCUGGAGAGACAGGUGCAAGAGCUACAGCAGCUGCUGGCAGAGAAGCAAGAGGAGAAGGAGAGUUUGGGAAGGGAGGUGGAAAGUUUGCAGAGUCGGCUGUCCCUGCUGGAGAAUGAGCGGGAGAACACCAGCUAUGAUGUGGCCACCCUGCAGGAUGAGGAGGGUGAGCUGUCCGACUUGCCAGGGGCCCAGACGCUGCUCUCCAAGCAGCUAAGCGCGUCAGCCCAGGAGCUCUUGGCCUCGCUGCAGGAACAGGUGGAUGCCCUCACCAGACAGAACCAGGAGCUUAUGGAGAAGGUUCAGAUCCUGGAGAGCUUUGAGAAGGAUGAAAUGGAGGCAAAUGGUUCAGCCGAGGUCGUCCCCCUGGCCCUCUAUGACUCCCUGCGGGCUGAGUUUGACCAGCUGCGCAGGCAGCACGCCAAGGCUGUGCGGGAAUUGGAGCAGCGGGAAGUACAAGGGACCCCUAGAGAAGAGAAGGUGGCCCCUGGGGAGUGCAAGGGCACAGGAGCCAAGACCACCCGAAAUGGGCCAACAGAAAUGGAGCUUGAUGGCUCUGUGGCUCCAGAAAACAAAGUUAAUGGAUCUGAGACCACAGAUGAGGAGGCUGCAGGAGUUGAAACCACAGGAGCCAGGACUUUGGAAGCAGCAUCUAUAGGGACUGAGGCCAUGGAAACAAAACCUAUGGACACUCAGGCCGUGGAAACAGAGGGUGCAGGAGCCACAGCCCUGGGUACCGAGGCCACAGGGGCUGAGGUCACAGAAAUGAAAGAUCUAGAAGGAGGAAACCUGGAAACACAGGCCACGGGAGCAGAGGCCACAAAUAGGAAAGCAGAGGAACCAGAAAUCAAGGCCAAUGGAGAGGGCGCUGUGGACGGACAGCUCACAGGCGCAGAGACCGUGGACAUGGAGGCCACCACUCCUAGGGUCCCCACGGGCCCCGUUCUACACCCUGGUGCCGCCGAGGCCUCCGAAAAGCUACAAACUGAGCUGGAGAUGAGGAUUCGUGGCUUGGAGGAGGCCCUCUGGCAGCGGGAAAGGGAGGCGGCCAACGAGCUGGAGGCAGCCCGUGGCAAGUGGGAGGCUACGGAGGCUGAGCGGGUAUGUGAGGCUGAGGGUGGUGGGGCUGGCGGUGGAGGCAGCAGUGACACGGUCCAACUUAGGGCAGCCCUGGAGCAGGCCCGGGAGGAUCUCCGGGACCGGGACUCCCGUCUUCGGGAGCUAGAGGCCACCUCGGCCUGGCUGGAUGAGGCCCGGGCUGGCAGGCUGCUUGCUGAGGAGGAGGCUCGGGGCCUGCGGGCAGAGCUGGCCCAGCGGGAGGAGGUGCGACUGGAGCAAAUCCGGGAGCUGGAAGUGCUGCAGAAGCAGCUGACCACCGCCAAGGCCGCUGAGGAACAGCAGCGGGCAGCAGCUGCCGAGUUGGGCCAGGCUCGGGAUGCAGCCGAGGCCCAGGCUGCUGCGCUGGCCGCUGCUUGUGAGGAGGCUCGGCAAGGCCUGGCGGAGCUGCGAGAGGCCUCAGAGGUGCUCCGCCAGUCCGCUGUGCCAGCCUCGGAGCAUCACCGGCUGCAGGAGGAGGCCCUGGAGCUGAGGGGCCGGGCGGCCAGCCUGGAGCAGGAGGUGGUGGCCACGGGCAAGGAGGCUGCCCGGCUGCGGGCAGAGCUGGAACGGGAACGUGUGGGCAGCGUGGCCCGCUUGGAGCAUGAGCGCAUAGUGGGUACACUGCAGGCCGAAGUGACCCGGCUGGAGGGGCAGCUAGAGGAGCUAGGACGCCGACACGAGAAGACCAGUGCUGAGGUCUUCCAGGUGCAGCGCGAGGCACUAUUCAUGAAGAGUGAACGGCAUGCGGCCGAGGCCCAGCUAGCUACGGCAGAGCAGCAGCUACGGGGACUGCGCACCGAGGCUGAGAAAGCGCGCCAGGCCCAGAGCCGUGCCCAGGAGGCCUUGGACAGGGCCAAAGAGAAGGACAAGAAGAUCACAGAGCUCUCCAAGGAGGUCUUCAGUCUUAAAGAAGCGCUGAAGGGCCAGCCAGCAGCCCCAGGCAGCCCCGAGGUGGAGGCCCUCCGUGGGCAGGUGAAGGCUCUCCAGGGGCAGCUGGAGGAAGCUGCCAGGGACCACAGCGCGGUGGUGGCCUUGUAUAGGAGCCACCUCCUGUACGCCAUUCAGGGCCAGAUGGACGAAGAUGUGCAACGGAUUCUGAGCCAGAUCCUACAGAUGCAGAGGCUCCAGGCUCAGGGGCGCUAAGCCUCGGAACACUGACCCCUGCCGCCAGGCUCUGCAUGGGGCACACUGGGGCUCAGGCACUGAUCUUCUGAACUCGGAGAUGCGAUCCGUCCGCCUGGCCCUCCCGACUGUCCCUGGCUGGCUGUUUAUCACUCAGGCCCUAACCAUGCCCACCCCUCGUCAGAGAAUCUGUGAGUCCCCUCACUCCUGUCACCAGAUGCCACCCCAGGAAUAAAACUCAUGGAGCAGAGAAAAGUGUGUGGCCUGAUUGCUGGGCUCCCACUGCAAGGAGGGGAGGGAGUGGCUCAGAGUAGAUCUUAAAGAUCAGGGCAAGGAGAAUGAGCACAGCCCUCCCACACCAAAAUCUCGGUCCCCAAGAUGAACACGGUGCUGAUGCAACAUUUGAAAAAGGCACAAUGGCUGCUAAAAAGUUCACAAUGAACAAAACAUCCAUGUGUUAAGUGAAGGAGCCAAGCCUGCGCUUACCUCACUUUCCUUACCCU